CCGUCGCUCGCUUCCCUGUGAGGACUCGGGAGAGUGAAGAAACAACAGCCGCCAUUUUGUUUGUGUGUGAGCGACUGAGGGAGGGCGAGAGAGACCGAGCCGGACGGGGCGAGCCAGAGGGCGGGCAGCGCAGAGAGACCCAGGGGCCCGGGCGGGGAACGGGGAGAGAAGAGAGAGUCCGAGACCCAUCCCCCACGUACAUCACACCAGCCCCACAGCCAGCCGCCGAGAGCCAGGCAGGGGCACUAGGGGCCUCCUCGCUCAAAGCCCCGUCCUACCCCGCCCCGGAGCAGAGGAGACCCCCCCCCGCGGUCUGUUUAAUCCACAAGGGGAGAUUUCCCCUCUUGGCCCGGUAUUUUGGGAGGCGUCUGGACCCCCGUUGGGGCCCCCGCCCCCUAUGGCGGAGGCGAGAGGGCGUCCCAGCAGCGCCUGAGCGGCAGUGGGAGAAGCGGAGAGUGACCAUCGCCGAGCGCAGGGGGUGGGAGAAGAGAGGAGCCUAACACCCCCCGCCCUGCCCAAACCCAGCGCUAAUAACCAUCCUCAGCCACUGGGGAGGGGGAAGGUAGCGCGAGAGAAGGGGGGAGGGGCCGGCUGCUUCUUCCUCCUCCUCCUCCUCCUGCUUUGGGAUCGGUCCCUCCGCUUGCUCUGGGGGGCACCCUGCUCUUCGGGCUGAGAGAGAGCGCGGAGGGGGCGCUGAAACCCGCCCCUGCACCCCCACCCCGAGAUCGGCGCUGCCUCCAUCAGGACAACAACCCCUCCUUCUUCCCCGCACAACAAGAUGUGAAGCGGAGACUCCUGGGACUUAUCCUCACCCUCCUCAUCCUUCCAGCUCCCCUCUCUGCAGCCAUUAGUGCCUGGCGAGGAAGAAGCAGGGGGCGCUGGGGACCCCGCACACGCGCUGUCUUCCUCCCCUCCAGCCCCUUCGCGGGCGGUGGGUUUUUUUUUGUUUUUUUUUGCAGGGUGGUGUUGGACAGGGAAGGAGCUGCUAGAGGAGGGUGAUUUUUUCUCUCUCUCCUUUUUCCUCCUCCUCUCCCCUCCUUCGCCCGCCUCCUUGUGGCGAUGAGGAGGAGGAGAACGACGCCGAGGAGGAAGAGGCUGAUGGCGGCGGUGAGGCGGCAGCAGGAGGAGGAGACCCCCCGGAGGAUGAAGAUGAUGGUGGCAGAGAUGAGGAAGCACCAGCAGCACAACAGCCGGGAUUAAUUUGACUAAAAACCCACCAGCCUCUUCUCUCCCCCCCUUUUUUUUUCUGGCGGGGGCGCUUUCCGUGUUCUUCCCGUCCCCUCUGCCCGUGGCCCGGGGGAAAAGGCCUCUUCCCCACCCUACUCCCCACCUUUCCCCCCCGCUGAGCCGGUGCCACCCUACCAGAGACCAAACCCGAGGGGCAGAAAAAGGGGAACUUGGCCCCCCGCGUCCUCCAGAUCCGUCGCUCGCUCUCCAUAGUCUUCAGCUGCGUCGGGGGCCCGAGAGGAAGGCGAAGAUUUUGGGGAUCCCCCGUCUCUCUGCUCGUUGUGUUUGUCUAAAAAGAAUUAAAAAUGGCCGAGAAUGUGGUGGAGCCGGGCCCGCCUUCAGCCAAGCGGCCUAAACUCUCCUCACCGGCGCUCUCCGUGUCCGCAAGCGACGGCACAGAUUUUGGAUCCCUCUUUGAUCUGGAACAUGAUUUACCAGAUGAACUAAUCAGCUCCACAGAUUUGGGACUUACCAACGGUGGUGACAUUAAUCAGCUGCAAACCAGUCUUGGCAUGGCACAAGAUGCUGCAUCUAAACAUAAGCAGCUGUCUGAACUGCUGCGGGCUGGUAGUUCCCCAAACCUCAACAUGGGGGUUGGGGGACCAGGCCAAGGCAUGGCAAGUCAAACCCAACAGAACAGUCCUGGAAUGGGAAUCUUAAACAGCAUGGUUAAAAGCCCCAUGGCACAGGCAGGUUUGACGUCUCCAAAUAUGGGGAUGGGUACAAGUGGCCCAAAUCAAGGUCCUUCAGCCCAGUCAACUGCAGGAAUGAUGCCCGCAGUAAAUAGUCCAGUUAAUCAGCCUGGCAUGGGAAUGAACACAGGGAUGAAUGCUGGCAUGAAUCCUGGGAUGCUGUCUGCAGGCAAUGGACAGGGGAUGAUGCAAGGGCAAGUCAUGAACGGUUCAAUUGGAGCAGGAAGAGGGCGACCCAACAUGCCAUAUCCAAAUCCAGGAAUAGGUAAUGCUGGUAACUUGUUGGCUGAGACACUGCAGCAAGGUUCUCCCCAGAUGGGAGGACAGACGGGACUGAGAGGGCCACAACCUGGAGCAAUGAACAAGAUGGGAAUGAUGAGCAAUCCCAGUCCUUAUGGCUCACCGUACAGCCAGAACACUGGGCAGCAGAUUGGAGCCAGUGGACUUGGUCCCCAGAUGCAGAAUAAGACUGGGCUACCAAACAGCUUACCCCAGUUUCCAAUGGACAAGAAGCCAGUUCCCGGGGCAGGAAUGCCUAACAUGGGCCAGCAGCAGGCUCCUCAAGUUCAGCAAGCUGGGAUGGUGCCAGCUGCUCCCCAGGGAAUGGGGUCAGGUGCACCCACAGCAGACCCAGAAAAACGCAAACUCAUUCAGCAACAGCUCGUUCUCCUCUUACAUGCUCACAAGUGCCAGCGGCGGGAACAGGCAAAUGGUGAGGUGCGACAAUGCAACCUUCCUCAUUGCCGUACCAUGAAGAAUGUCCUCAACCACAUGACACACUGUCAGGCUGGCAAAUCCUGCCAGGUGGCACACUGUGCAUCUUCACGACAAAUCAUCUCGCACUGGAAGAAUUGUACAAGACAUGACUGUCCUGUGUGUUUGCCUCUCAAAAAUGCUGGGGACAAAAGAAACCAACAAUCAUUACUGGGGGGAGCUGCUGCAGGACUUGCAAAUACUGGCUCUGUAGGGGUAGGGCAACAGACUACGCCCUCUAUAAACACUACCAGUCAGAUUGACCCUAGCUCCAUUGAGAGGGCGUAUGCAGCCCUUGGACUGACCUAUCAAGGGAACCAGAUGCAGACGCAAUCCCAGGCUCAAGUGAAGAAUCAGCAGCAAGGGCAGUCACCCCAGGGUCUGCGCCCUAUGAAUCCCAUGAAUGCUAAUCCUAUGGGUGUGAAUGGAGGUAUGGGGGUUCAAGCCCCUAAUCUGCUGCCUGAGUCGAUGUUGCAUUCGGCAAUGAAUUCCCAAAAUCCCAUGAUGAGUGAAAGCGCCAGUGUUACCAGUUUGGGAGCUAUGCCAACAGCAGCACAACCAUCCAACACCGGAAUUCGAAAACAGUGGCAUGAAGAUAUUACUCAGGACCUCCGAAAUCAUCUUGUUCAUAAAUUAGUCCAAGCCAUAUUUCCUACCCCUGACCCUGCAGCAUUAAAAGACAGGCGCAUGGAGAACCUGGUGGCAUAUGCGCGGAAGGUAGAAGGUGACAUGUAUGAAUCUGCAAAUAGCAGGGCGGAGUACUACCACUUGUUAGCUGAGAAGAUCUAUAAGAUUCAGAAGGAACUAGAGGAAAAGCGAAGGACCAGAUUGCAGAAGCAGAACAUGAUACCAAAUGCACCAGGCAUGCCUCCAGCUCCCAUGAAUCAAGGGCCCAACAUGGGGCAGCCACAACCAGGGAUGUCUGCAAAUGGUCCCCUUCCUGACCCAACCAUGAUUCGUGCCAGUGUGCCAAAUCAGAUGAUGAAUCGCAUGCAGACGCAGCCGGGAAUGAACCAGUUUGGCCAGAUGAACAUGCAACUGCCAUCCAUGGGUCCCCGGCAAACCCCUCCUCUUCAGCACCCUGGACAGCUAAGCCAGGCUGGGGCCAUGAACCAGCAGAUGGGAUUUGCUUCACGUAUGCAGCAGCCGGGGGUUGGCCAACCUUCCAGCCAAAGUCAGUUUCUGCAACAGAACCAGUUCCCUGCUUCCUCCCCAGGAAUGAAUGCGACAAACAUGCCUAUGACCCAGCCUGGCAAUCAGACGCCAGUGUCUCAAGCACAAAUGACCAGCUCUUCCUGUCCUGUGAACUCUCCUGUAAUGGCUCCAGGUUCUCAAGGGAGCCAUAUUCACUGCCCACCUCUUCCACAGCCUACCUUGCACCGAAACUCUCCCUCUCCAGUACCUAGCCGUACCCCAACACCUCACCACACUCCCCCAGGUCUGGGAUCCCAGCAGCAGCAGCCGCAGGCAACACCAGCAGCAGCCGCCACCACUGCCCCCACCGCCCCCACCCCUACGGCAAUGCCACCUGGACCGCAGUCACAAACUAUGCACCCCCCUCAGAGGCAGACUCCAACGCCUCCACAGGCACAGCUGCCUCCACAAGUCCAACCUCCAGUUCCAGUCACCCCUUCGGCAGAGCAACAGCAGCAACCCCUGUCACAACAGAGCACGACUGCAUCUGUGCCCACCCCAACAGCACCACUGCAGCCUCAGCACCCCACAACACCUCUUUCGCAGCCGGCUGUAAGCAUUGAUGGGCAGGUAUCAAACCCACCAUCCACCAGCAGCACAGAAGUGAACUCGCAACAGACUAUCCCUGAGCAGCAGCAGCCACUCUUGCAGGAAGUGAAAAUGGAUAUUAAAAUGGAAGAAGAGGGGUCAGAACAAACAGAGCUCCAGAUAGAGGAGAAACCAGAGAUUAAAGUGGAAUCAGUGGUGAAGGAAUGUAUGACAGAACCAAUGGAGCAAGAAGAGAAGAAACCAGAAGUGAAGUCAGAAAUGAAGGAAGAGGAAGAAAGACCCAAUACUCCAGCUACUCAGUCUUCUCCAGCACCAGGACAGUCUAAGAGGAAAAUUUUCAAACCGGAAGAGUUGCGGCAGGCACUUAUGCCAACAUUGGAGGCGCUAUACCGGCAGGAUCCUGAGUCCCUUCCUUUCAGACAGCCUGUGGAUCCCCAACUACUAGGAAUUCCUGAUUACUUUGAUAUAGUGAAGAACCCCAUGGACCUCUCUACCAUCAAGAGGAAGCUAGAUACAGGACAGUACCAGGAACCUUGGCAAUAUGUGGAUGAUAUCUGGCUCAUGUUCAACAACGCUUGGCUCUAUAACCGCAAGACAUCCCGCGUGUAUAAGUACUGCUCCAGACUGGCAGAGGUGUUUGAACAAGAAAUUGAUCCAGUUAUGCAGAGCCUUGGUUAUUGCUGUGGGAGAAAGUUGGAGUUCUCACCACAGACUUUGUGUUGCUAUGGCAAACAGUUAUGCACAAUCCCUCGAGAUGCCACUUACUACAGUUACCAGAACAGGUAUCAUUUCUGUGAGAAGUGCUUCAACGAAAUCCAGGGGGAGAGCGUUUCUCUGGGGGAUGACCCAUCACAACCUCAGACUACGAUAAACAAAGAACAGUUUUCUAAGAGGAAAAAUGAUACACUAGAUCCUGAACUGUUUGUUGAAUGUAUAGAGUGUGGGAGAAAAAUGCACCAGAUCUGUGUGCUUCAUAACGAAAUAAUCUGGCCAUCUGGCUUUGUGUGUGAUGGCUGCUUAAAGAAAACAGGACGAACCAGAAAAGAGAACAAAUUCUCUGCUAAAAGGUUGCCAUCUACAAGGCUGGGUACCUUCUUGGAGAACAGAGUGAAUGAAUUUCUGAGAAGACAGAAUCACCCUGAGUCAGGAGAGGUCACAGUCAGGGUGGUUCAUGCCUCCGACAAAACUGUAGAAGUAAAACCUGGAAUGAAAGCAAGGUUUGUAGACAGUGGAGAGAUGGCAGAGUCCUUCCCUUAUCGAACAAAAGCCCUGUUUGCUUUUGAGGAAAUUGAUGGUGUAGACUUGUGCUUCUUCGGUAUGCAUGUACAGGAGUAUGGCUCCGAUUGCCCCCCGCCUAAUCAGAGGCGCGUAUACAUAUCUUACCUCGACAGUGUUCAUUUCUUCCGCCCUAAAUGCUUGAGGACUGCUGUCUAUCAUGAAAUAUUAAUUGGAUACCUAGAAUAUGUCAAGAAAUUAGGAUAUACAACUGGACAUAUCUGGGCCUGCCCACCUAGUGAAGGAGAUGACUAUAUUUUCCAUUGCCAUCCUCCUGACCAGAAGAUACCCAAGCCCAAGCGACUGCAAGAGUGGUAUAAAAAGAUGCUGGACAAAUCUGUGUCGGAGCGCAUUGUCCAUGACUACAAGGAUAUUUUUAAGCAGGCAACAGAAGAUCGUCUAACAAGUGCAAAAGAGCUGCCUUACUUUGAAGGGGACUUCUGGCCCAACGUGCUGGAGGAGAGCAUUAAGGAACUAGAACAAGAGGAGGAAGAACGGAAGAGAGAAGAGAACACUAGCAAUGAGAGCACAGAUGUGAGUAAGGGAGACAGCAAAAAUGCCAAAAAGAAGAAUAAUAAGAAGACAAGUAAAAACAAGAGCAGCUUGAGUCGUGGCAAUAAGAAGAAGCCUGGCAUGCCCAAUGUCUCCAACGAUCUCUCCCAGAAGUUGUAUGCCACUAUGGAGAAGCACAAAGAGGUCUUCUUUGUGAUCCGUCUCAUCGCUGGCCCUGCAGCGAACUCCCUGCCUCCCAUUGUUGAGCCUGACCCACUCAUUCCAUGUGACUUGAUGGAUGGGCGUGAUGCCUUCCUCACCCUUGCUAGAGACAAACACCUGGAGUUCUCCUCACUACGAAGAGCUCAGUGGUCAACCAUGUGCAUGCUGGUGGAACUGCAUACCCAGAGCCAGGACCGCUUUGUUUACACCUGCAAUGAAUGCAAGCAUCAUGUAGAGACUAGAUGGCACUGCACUGUCUGUGAGGAUUACGACCUGUGCAUCACCUGUUAUAACACUAAAAACCACGACCACAAGAUGGAGAAAUUGGGCCUUGGCCUAGACGAUGAGAGCAACAACCAGCAGACUUGCAAACAACUCAUUGCUCUUUGCUGCUACCAUGCAAAGCACUGCCAGGAGAACAAGUGCCCGGUGCCCUUUUGCCUCAAUAUUAAACACAAGCUUCGCCAACAGCAACUUCAGCACCGUCUGCAGCAGGCCCAGAUGCUCCGAAGGAGGAUGGCGAGCAUGCAGAGGACCGGUGUGGUAGGUCAGCAGCAAGGAUUGCCUUCACCAACCCCAGCCACACCAACAACUCCAACAGGCCAGCAGCCCCCAACACCACAGACCCCACAACCCCAACCACCACCCCAGCCUGCCUCGCAACCCCAACCUGCACCUCCCAAUACUAUGCCGCCCUACACCAUGCCGAGAACUCAGCCCCCUGGUGCUGUGUCCCAGGGCAAAGCAGGUGGCCAGAUAACUCCUCCAACUCCACCUCAGACUGCUCAGCCACCAGUCCAGGGUCCUCCUCCAGCUGCAGUAGAAAUGGCCAUGCAGAUCCAGCGGGCAGCAGAGACUCAGCGUCAGAUGGCACAAGUUCAGAUUUUCCAAAGGCCAAUUCAGCACCAGAUGCCCCAACUGAAUCCGAUGCCACCAAUGGGGAUGAACCCUCCUCAGAUGGCUAGAGGGCCUGGCGGUCACAUAGAUCAAGGGAUGGGGCCAGCGGGAAUCCAGCAGCAGCCACCAUGGGCCCAGAGUGGGUUACCCCAACCACAGCAGCUCCAGCCAGGAAUGCAGAGACCAUCCAUGAUGUCAGUAGCCCAGCCAGGGCAGCCUAUGAACAUGGCGCCUCAGCCAGGAAUGGGUCAGGUUCCUGGGGCGCCUCAGCCAAAACCAGCAUCUCUGCCCCAGGCAGCCUUACAAAACUUACUGCGGACUCUCAGGUCUCCCAGCUCCCCCAUGCAGCAGCAGCAGGUGCUUAACAUCCUCCACUCCAACCCUCAGCUACUGGCUGCUUUCAUCAAGCAGAGGGCUGCCAAGUACGCAGUGUCUCAGAAUCCCCAAGGUAUGCCAGGGCAGCCUGGAAUGCCACAGGGUCAGCCAGGGCUUCAACCACAGCCAGCCAUGCAAGGGCAGCAAGGAGGGGUGCACCCAAACCCAGCCAUGCAAAAUAUGAACCCCAUGCAAGCCGGGGUCCAAAGGCCCAGCAUGCCCCAACAGACGCAGCAGCAGCAGCAGCCUCAGCAGGCCAUGGGUGGGAUGAAUCCUCAGGCACAGCCGAUGAACAUGAAUCACUCUGGGAUGUCUCCGCAAUUCCGGGAUCUUUUAAUGAGACGGCAGCAGAUGAUGGAGCAGCAGCGCCAUCAGCAGCAGCAGCAGCAGCAGCAGCAAGGAGCCGGUCCGGGAUUGGGGCCUGGGAUGGCCAACCAUAAUCAGUUUCAGCAGCCCCAGGGUGUCGGUUACGCUCAGCAGCAACAGCAGCAGCAACAGCAAAGGAUGCAGCAUCAUAUGCAACAGAUGCAGCAAGGAACUAUGGGACAAAUGAGCCAGCUUCCACAGGCAAUGAGUGCAGAGACAGGAGCCAGUUUGCAGCAGGCUUUCCAGCAGAGGCUACUUCAGCAGCAAAUGGGAUCCCCAGCUCAGCCCAACCCUAUGAGCCCCCAACAGCACAUGCUCCCCAGUCAGGCCCAGUCCCCACACUUACAGGGCCAGCAGAUCCCUUCAUCGCUCACCAAUCAAGUGCGUUCUCCACAGCCUGUACCCUCACCACGACCCCAGUCCCAGCCCCCCCAUUCCAGCCCUUCCCCUCGGAUGCAACCUCAACCUUCUCCACACCAUGUCUCUCCGCAGACCAGCUCCCCACAUCCAGGACUGGUAGCUGCCCAGGCUAACCCCAUGGAUCAGGGGCACUUUGCCAGCCCGGACCAGAGUGCAAUGCUUUCUCAGCUUGCUGGCAAUCCAGGCAUGGCAGGCCUCCAUGGUACAAGCGCCACGGAACUGGGGCUCAGCUCCGAUAACUCAGACUUGAAUUCAAACCUUUCACAGAGUACACUAGACAUACACUAGACACAUUGUAGCAUUUUGGGAGCAAAAAAAAAACUUAUUUUCUCAAGACUUUUUGUACUGAAGACAAAUUUUUUUGAAUCUUUCUUAGCUAAAACAACAUUUUUCCCUGGAACACAUCCGAACUCUGCAGCAGUAAUUUGUGGUUUUAAAAACAAGAAACCAACAAAAUGAACCUGAGGGACAAUAGAAUACAAAGAAUAUAUUUUUGUUAUGGCUGGAAUCAUAACCAGUCCUUUUUCUUGUUUUUCCUCGCAUGCGUGCGUUGGGAGGUGGAGGGGAAAAGGGUGGUCUUUUGGCCACUGACCAAAUUGGCCCCCUUCUCAUGCCUCCAAUAGGUUUUAUUUUUUUUAAAUUAAUGAAAAUAUGUAAUAUUGAUAGUUAUUAUUUACUGAGGCAGAUGGUUAACAUUUUCCCUAUUCUGGUUUUUCCUCACAUCAUUGCAAAAAACCCACAGGAGAACAUUUCCUAAAACCGGAGGACAAAAGGGGUUAAUGUUGCUUUAAAAAUACAUUACAUAUAUAUAAAUAUAUAUUAAAAAUAAAUACCAGUUUUUUCCUCUUUGGUUGGAAAGAUGUCAAUUCUUUGAAAAAAUGUAAAAAUAUUAAAUAACCCAUCCCCUCCUGAAGUCUACUUUUGUCCUCCAAGAAUUUUCUAUACAAGAGUCUGAGCUUAAAAAAACUUCAAGUAUUAAAAUAAUUUGUACAUGUAGAGAAGACAACAUUUUUGCAAAUACACAGGGGCAGCUGCCAAAUGGAUGUAGUAUAUAUAUUGUGGUUUCUGUUUUCUUGAAAGAAUUUUUUUUUGUUAUUUUUACAUCUAACAAAGGAAAAAAAUAAAAAAGAGGGUAAGAAACAAUUCCGAGAGGAUGAUUUUAACCUGAGAAAAAUCCCUGGGGUUUCUUCUUUAUGCUUGCUUUCUCUCUCUCCCCUUUCCCCACCCUCUUCCACUUUCUGUAAAACUUGAAAAUAGAAAGCAAAAAACCCUCAAAUGUUGUAAAUCAUGCAAUUAAAGUUGAUUACUUAUAAAUAUGAACUUUCGAUCACUGUAUAGACUGUUAAAAUUGAUUUCUUAUUACAUAUUGUUAAAUAAACUGUGUGAGACAGACA